AUGGAGACUCUCUACAGAAAAUGCUGCGAGCUUCAGAACCAGGAGCAGCAGACCCUGGCAAGGGUGGAGAUCGUGUCGCCGCGUCCUCCUCAGCCCAGGCUUGGCGAUGAAUCGCUUAUCGCCAUUUACGUGCCGGUCUUUGCGUACCAGGCCAUCUCAAACAACCUCAAGCUGGCAGUCCAGCUCGUGCCGCAAGACCGGGGCCACUUGUCCUUCAGGGCUUGCCCUGGCAUGUGGUCGUCGCAUCCCUUCCGCCAGCAGGGAGGCAAGAAGUUGUUCGUCUUGGCCAGUCCUCUCGCGACCCCUAGCCACUAUACCGCGACUCUCCCGUCGCCGUUUGCGACUACCGGCGAGUUGGAUUCCCGUGGAGUGCCCAAGAAUGGACAGAAUCUUAAGGGAGCCUUCAUCUCCGGCCUCCACAACUGUCGUCUCGAGCAGGCAGCAAAGAUCCUCGGCCGCCGCCACCCCCACAUCCUCUUCGAGGCCGUCGAGAAUCCCGUUGAAGAGACGUUCGAGUAG